CGAUGAUGUUUAGAACACAUUCGUAUAUCAUUCCCUUUAAACCAAAUGUUUAAGUAGGAUAAGUGUUAAACCACACCAAUGUGAUAUUUUGCCAGGAUUCGAUGAAAAAUUUGACCGAGGCAGCUGCACUAAGUCGGCCAACAAAGCGACCAAAUUAAAGAGAAACUGGUAAUCAAAGAAACCGUACUAGAAGAAUCAAGGGAAUGAGACGGUAUUCAAAAGGGAUUGAAACAUCCUUCAACAACGAAGACGAAAACAGCAUCAGUAAAUUCGAGGAAAAUGCGACGAUCUUGAGACCUUGCCUUUUGCAUACCAUACCUGUUGGAUCAAUUCUCACAGAACUGACGUUUUUAGAAUGCUCACCGAAAUUAUCUGCGAUUGCGGAUCGGGAUCCACGAGCUGCUAUGGCCAUGAUAUUAAAUGAACUUCAAGAAACCAGAAAAGUUUCGUUUUGGAUUGGCUUUUGUGUUGCUUUACAAAAAUCAGGAUAUGGGAACGUGGCAAAGCUUUUGACAGGCCCUUUACCUACAAACGGCGCCUAUCAGAUCUUUUACAUGAAGACACUUUCACCUUUCCUUCGGACUUUGAUUCAACCACAACAGCUCCUAGAUUAUCUUUAUGGCGUGGGUAUUUUGGACAGUCGAGCAGUACUGCGCAUAAAAGACAGAAAACAUUUUGGUAGACUGGCACUCACAGACCACUUACUGGAAUGUCUACCCAACUCCCAUGCAUUCUGGUAUGACCACUUUGUUCAGGCUCUUGUCAAUACCGGUGUUCACGAAGAAGCUGUGGCCAUGCUAAAUAUACCACAAAUUCUAAACGACGGCGACGAUGAAACAAGCGUAGAAAAAGUUUUUGCUCGAAACAAGAUAAUACAUAAUGAAAUUCCUUUCAAUAAGCACAGAGGUAAAACUUUUGAAAAAGAAGAUAAACUCGAAUCAGAAGCAAAUAACAGUAAAAAUGAAAAACACAGAGACGCAAGAAGUCUGACUUAUAAUGAAGAAAAACAUGACGAUGAAGACGGUGACCUCAGUCAUAUUAUAGGGCAGGCUUUAAGCGAUAUUAGUGAUGACGAUGACGGUUCAAAUGCAACAUUUAGCUCCUUAGAUUCUGUGUCGGAAGAGACUCAACGAAAAGAGAUUGAUUCUGAAUUUGGUUGUUCAGACAGUGGAUUAGACUCAAUAAGUGUUACAUACAAUAAGGAAUUGUAUGAUGAUUUGUAUGUGGACAUUUCAAAUCAACAAUAUUGUGCACAGUCAAAGGCCAUGAUAUUAAAUAACAUGUUGUAUCCAUGGGUGGAGUUAGAUGACAGUUUAGUUUCUCGUGGUGAUGGUGACAUUAUUUUAUUGGCGGAGGUUGGCACGGAUCACUUUAAUGAUGAUUGUACCCCCAACGUUUUGCCGCUUCAGACGCUUAAUUCGGAGUUCAUACGAAGUCUCAAUAACAACUCGCAUACAAUAUCUGCAGAGUGCUCAUCGAUUACUAAUGGAAAACAUUUAGAAGAUCCAACAGGUGUGCAAAUGCACGAGUAUUCAAAAUUAGAUGCUACUGCACACUGCCAGUCAGUCCCGCCCUUCGCCCUUCAACGGUCCCAAGCAGAUAAAGUACAAAUGGGUGAAUCUCUGAAAAUAGAAGGUUCUUCAGAGCAGGUACCAACGCGACCACCCGCUCUUCAACGUUCGCCAAGAAAAAUCCAAUAUACUGACGUUGUGAUUUUUGAACACAAAGAGACGAUGACAGAGACAACGCUAUUGAGUCCAGACCAUCUGUCUCUUCCUAAAGAUUGUCAAAUACUUGAUGUAUUAAAAGGACGAGGUACUUUUGAUGAUUAUUUAAAGAAAAUCCAGUUACAGAACAGCGAAUUGCACAAUGAAACACCCACGAGAAAAGAAAUCGUCAAUGCCUUAGCUGAACGUAAUGCUUUAUUAAACAGCAAGAGGAAGGACAUAGCUGUUAUAAGGAUGAAAGAACUAGAAGCGUGCGCACUUCAAACGGCUAUGAUUUCUGACGAGGUUUGCUUAGAGUACGAAACUGAUCUAACGAAAGGAUUGUAUUCAGCAAGAGAAUUGAAAAAUGAUGUUAUAACACAACCUAUACCAAAGCCUUCGGACAACGAACAGUACGAAACAGUUGAUGAUGAGACUUCAGUUGAAACGACGCUUACGCGCGCCACUGGAUGUCCAGCAGUUAAUCGAAACGUCGUUGUUGGAGAUGUGUCAAAGGCGAUGGAAGACGAUACAAUAUAUAAAGAUUCAGCUAUUUACUCAGAGUAUGUGCCGCCCAGUGAAGAAAUUGGGGGCAUUUAACGUGUUUUAACCGCCAGUUUAAGUAAAGUGUGCUCACCGUGUGCAUACAACAUUGUUUUAUCAUCUGUUAUUAAGGAUUUUAUUUGUCAUUAUAUAUCAAUAUGUUUUAGAUCCAAUUGUUUAAUGAAUCUUUAAACGUCUUUAUUAUGUACAGAAACUUAACUUAAAUUGUGUCAAGCGUUGUCUGAGCAGAAGAAAGAAUUACCUAGUGAUAUACGAACAUAAUGUAUGACCAUACUUAAAAAAAUAAGGCUGUGAUUACCGCGAAACGACAGGACGGGCCGUACUCUCACAAGUAUGCCCCAAACUUAUAGAAUAUGUCCCAACGUUGUGUGUCCUUUCUUACUUCGUAAAUUUGCUCGUAAAUACAUACACAAUUUAGAGUUUUCAUUCAUAUGAUAAAAGGGGCUAUCUAAUAUAAUGUCAAAUGCUUCUUUAAUUGCAGUGUAGGGUUACAAAUGCAGUAAAUGUUUACAUGGUUUUUGACUGAUGGUCAGAAUAAUUGUUAUCUCGAUUUAAUAACGAAGGGACACAUUUGCAACUGUUUAAACAGCUGUUGAGUGUUUUUAAUUUAUUUUAAUGUACACAUUGUUUGUUAAAAUAACUAAACUAUGAGGUGAUGGCUGUGGUCUAUUCGAUAUAAAGUAACCCUCAAGUUCAAGAGUUUAAAUGUUCGAUCCCAUUCUCGAGCUUUGAUCGUAACAAACAGCAUCAUACACUGGUUCUACCCAGGGCACUUACAUUCAGUUUAAAAAAGAGCAUAGGGGUUUCGAUACAACGAAGCGUUAUAUCAUUAAAAACGGUUAAAGAUAAAUAUUGUGAACUUAACAUUUGUUUAGUUGUAUUGAUAUUUUUAGUUUGUAAAUCAAAAAGACACAUUCAAACAGAUUGUUUCGCAUAAUAAGAUAUUUUAGUAUUGGUAAACAUUAUAAUAUUAUAACCUUCGAAAUCUGCUCAUUGAUUGUGGUUUGAAUAUUAAGUUGACGGACGGAGGCAUGAACGCGCAGACUUGCGGACGAACACCAGGCAUCACGGUAUCCCAAAAGCUCACAUUGAGCACGUCUUGCUUAGGUUACCUUAAGUUCAAAUGGUUACAUUUAAAUCGGCUUUAAAUGCUCGAUGUGGGCUUUUAGGAUACCGUGAUGUCCGGCGUUUGACCGUAAGUCUGUGCGUUAAUGCCUCCAUCCGUCAACUUUAUCUUACAACCUUACGUUUAUUGAGCCAGACACAAUUACGUCAUGAGUUUGAAGGAUUGCUCUCUUCAUAUCUUGAAAUUGAACAAGUUAACGGCUUCAUAACACUUCAGGCACCUUGUUUAUUGUAUUUGCUAACAUUAAAUUGCUAUGACCACAAAUGUUGUCUAUGAAUUAUAUACGUAAUUG